CUUCGGAGAGCACGGCUGUCUUGUUUAGACUCUACCAUCUCUCAUCUGUGUCUUCUUGUCUAAUUACCGCUUUCCUCUUCUAUUGAGAGCUGCAGAGGAAGCCUUACAGUUGUGGAACUAGACGUUAGAAUUCCCAGAGGUCCUUGUUCUCCACUCGCACUCGUUCUGUGCCUCUCAAUCAACAACGGCCUCCACAAUGGCCUCUGAGAGCUUCAUUUCUAGGCUAGGGUUCUUCUUGCUUGCGCUUGUUCUGCUUGCACGCCUAUCUCUUGGUUCCCAAACGAUUCUGAACCUCGACAACGAAGUAUCCAUCGAAAAUGACAUAUUAACAGCCGCACGCGAGGCCAACACAAUGAAGAGCUGCAGGUCAUGUCAGGCCAUGCUUAUCCCUCUGAAGCGUCUUGCAACUAUUGGUGACGGUAGUUUCGUUUCUUCGAUGACACGCAUCUGCAAAGUGCGCAAGCUACAAGAUCCGGACAUAUGCGAAGGCGAUAUCGGCGCGCAGGGACCUAUCAUCGCACAUGCUUUGCGAAAAAUCUCUGUGAACGGCCGUACCUCUCGUCUCUUCUGCAACGCGCUCUUCGGAAUGUGCGACCUCGAACCGGUUGAGCCCUAUGAUAUCGUUUUCCCCGAUAGCAACACCAAUUCGCGUCCAACUGGGGCGAAAGUGGUGUCAUCAAAUCGCAAGCCGAUCCAAGUGGUGCAUCUUAGCGACGUGCACAUUGAUCGCGAAUAUUUGAUUGGUUCGGAAGCAAACUGCACGAAAUACAUUUGUUGUAGAGAUUUCUCUUCCAAAGACAGUGAAACAGACAAUGAAGUCAAGCAUCCCGCGGAACCGUUUGGCAACAAGCAUUGCGACUCUCCUAUCAGACUUGCAAAUAGUAUGCUACAUGCUAUCAACGAGUUGGUUCCGAACGCUCGAUUCACCAUUUCGACUGGUGAUGUUGUUGACCGUGCCAAUUGGCUCCUCUCACAAGAGAUUGUCGAGGGAGAACUACAUGGCUUCCAUGAGCAGCUUUUCGCAAAUCUCUCUAAGUCUAAUACAUUUUAUGGCUCCAUCGGGAACCAUGAUGGCUACCCAACGAAUGAAUUCCCACGCUCAACAUCUGACGAGUCCGAUGGUUCCAAAUGGGUCUUUGAUUUGCUAAGCAGUGACUGGACGCGUUGGAUCGGCGACGCAGGGGCUUCAUCCGUCCAGCAUACAUCCGGAUCAUACGCAGUUGUACACCCAGACACAAAUUUGAAAUUGAUUUCUAUCAAUACACAAUAUUGGUACAAAUACAAUUUCUGGCUAUACGACAGUGAUGAGUUCCAGCCAGAUCCAAAUGGUCUUCUGGCUUUCCUUGUGUCCGAGUUGGACGCGGCUGAGAAAGCCGGGCAACAUGCUUGGAUUUUUGGUCACAUUCCGCCGGGCGGGAGUGAUGUGAUGCGGGACCAGUCGAAUUAUUACAACCAGGUAGUUCACCGAUAUCACAAAACUAUUGCGGCGCAGUUCUUUGGACAUACGCAUGUUGACCAGUUCCAAAUCGCAUAUACGAAUUAUUCGGAUCAGAGAGCGGAUACAGCAAUGAGUUUCGGUCUUGUUGCACCAUCUUUGACUCCUACCAAUGGUAACCCUGCAUUCACCGUCUACGAUGUAGAUCCUGAUACCUACGACAUCAUGGAUGCCAAGGUCUAUAUUGCUAAUAUGAGCAAACCGUUCUAUCACAACACACCCAAAUGGGAACUCUACUACAGCGCACGAGACACUUAUGGGCCUCUCGUGGCCUCCGUUCCUUCAGAAUCCGAAGACAAAUCGUUACAAGAGUCCUAUCCUACUUCUGCUCCACUAGACGCUGCUUUCUGGCAUCGCCUAACGGAGGUCUUUGAGUCCGAUAACGCGACGUUUGCGAAGUACAUGGAACGGAUGGUCCGAGGUGCUUGGCCGCGAAGGUGCAGUGAGAAGUGCCGCAAUGUAACGAUAUGUGAUAUUCGAGCUAUGCGAGCGGAGGACAACUGUUUCCACCAGAGUCUGAAUGAGAUUGUAAUUCCUCCUCCUGGUCGGCACAUUAACUCACCGUACGAGCUGUCAGACCAACAGGCGACAGACGUUGAUGCGCAUGGUGCUUGUGAAGGGAGUGCGAUUCCCCUCAUCAUGCGACGGCUUGUAUCGUGGGCAAAUUUAGACUCGCAGAAGUAAUGGAUUGACUAGGCAUGCGAUAGAUAUCGACAUUUUCGUUCGAUUACAUAGAUUAUGAUGAUUAAUUCUCGGACUCUUUAUUUGUGUAUCACCC